AUGUUCGGCGUUCCACUCCUUGGUUGGGUGGCACCUCGCCUCGGGAUCCAUCUAUUGAUGUCUGGAAUGGGGCUGAUGGUGGCUGUCUCGUGUUUCAUCCAUCCACUCACCGUAUCAUGGUCAUUUCCGGUGUUCGUCGGACUACGAUUUAUUAGUGGUACUGUACUUGCCGUCCUCUUCGCCACAGCUGGAGACGUCAUCGCAAAAUGGGCUCCCCUGGAUGAACGUGGAAUUUGGGCGCAAAUGCUUUCGCGCAAUGGUCACCCUCCCUUAAUGGGUGCUGGAGUCUCCUGGCCGGCCAUCUACUACUCCCACGGCGGGCUGGCGUUGAUUGUCACGAUUCUGUGGAUUGUGCUUCAUAAAAAUGAUCCUCGUAAAGUCACAUGGCUAAAACAAGGCGAACUUGAUCAAAUUCUGGAAGGAAAACAGGAAAUGCUCGUCAAGAAGGCCAAAAAAAGGGCUUUGCAUUUUCCGCUGUCGACUUGUGGUCUGGUCGUCAUGAUCCCGCUUUUGCUAUUGUUACUGAUCAAAGUGGCCACCGGCCAACUUUCCGGCAUGCUCCACUCAAUACGGGAAGUUACCCGGAUGAGGAUAUUCAAUUCUAUUGCCCUAUUCGGGUCGGCUGUUUUCUUUAUUCUUGCUUCAUUUUGGGAGCCAAAUGGUAGCUGGGGAGAUGUGACGGUCGUGGUACUCCCCGUCUGCAUCCUCGGCUGUCACAGCGGAGGCUACCCGGAAUGUGUCGUGGUAGUGGCCAAACAACAUUCACCGGCCGUUUUCGCCUAUAUGCAGACGAAGACGAGGCAGCACGCCUGGACAAAAUCUGAGGUCGAAACCGCUUACAGGAAAUUGCUGCCGAAGAGCCGAGUAGUCAAGCUUCUCAAGCUGGGUCUACGG